GGCAUAUAUGGCAUUGUGGAUGGACCUCCUCUUGCUUCUUCUUCUUCUUUCAGUCUAUUUCUCGUAUUCAGUAGUAAGUUCAGGUAGGUAGGUAGGUAGGUAGAAAGCACAAAUUUUGCGACAAUGACCUUAUUUUUCCUCACAUUUUCAGAAUGGAGCCUCCAUGUUCGCUUGGGGGAGAAUUGUGUCACAACAGAUUUCUGAGAACGUGGGAGGUACGGUGGUACAACCAUCUAAGCGCGCAGGCAGAUGGAGAAAGCUUUACCGGCGAUGUUGCAGGCUUGCAGCACUACCUACAUACCACACAUACCACAGGCGCACGUCUCUUGUUAGUGUGAAGCAUUCCAUGUCGUCUCGUGAUGAGCAAGACUUUCCCAAAUCAUCUUUACCAUCAUCCAACGACAACAUAGCGUCCAGCAGCAGUGUGUCUCGUUCCCUGCCGCCCCCUGACAACAACGUCCUACCUGUGUGUGUACUCCUUCAAGGGUCGCCAUACCGCUUCGACUUAUCCCGUGGCAUAGAGGUGAUGGCCGAAAGGCACGAGCACUUCGAGCGCGUGCCAGAGCGUUGUGUACGCCGAGGACUCGUCCCGUGCCUGCUCCUGCAAGCCCCGCUGGGAGCCCGCGAGGCAUUGCAGUAGCUACAGACACUAAGAUCGAGGUCGUGCCAUUUCGAGAGCGCUGGCCGUGUGCUGUCUAAGAGUACCCCCAGCGGCAUUCAUGCGGUCGCUGCGCGCAGCAAGUCCCGCCCUAGGCUCCUUGGUAUCUCCACAUACUCUGACACCGCGCACAGAUUGUCAUCUCCCUAUCACUAGGCCACGCGGAGCGGUCGCUCAUACGCAUGACCCGGAAGUGCUCGGAGGAUUUUGGCGGCCUGGCGUUGCCCAGUAGCGGUCGUGUGUCGUGCUACGUUCCCCAGGUCAGUGCUCCAAGCGCUUCGCACUGAUACAUAACGCGCUCGCGCGCGCGCAAGCCACCCAUAAUGCCAUGGAUGAACGUGACGCUCUGUCAAGUGCAAGCCAGCCGGACGAGCUCGUCCGAAGGUCGACACUGUGCGCAGGCUCGUCUCUGUGGACAAUCUCACUUCCCCUGAGCGUCUACUCGGGCUGUUGACGGCAAUCGUCUCCGUUGAUAGCCUGCUCCAUGUGCUGCUCUGGACGGCUCGGGGACGAUCAAGAGCGGCGAUGCUGUUCGUGGUCUGGCGUUGCCCAGCGGUGGUAGCGAGAGGGGACGAGGGGGGGCGUCUGUCAAGUCAGUCCCGCAUGCGUCCUGCCUUGAUGCAUUGAUGCAUGGCUGGCGGGCUUGAUGUGCAUAUGGCAGGCCGUCAGGGCGGGUACAGGUCCAUCAUGAUGAGCAGGGUGCGUGCGGUGUCGAAGAUAGCGUUUGCAGGCGGUGCGUGGCCGUCCGUCGGUAGCCGGGCGUGACUCCAUCGAUGUGGAUAAGGUAGUAGAGCUGCCUUACCUACCUGACUCUUAGCAGAACCACAAUUAGCCGGGAUGAUAGGGCCAUAUCCAUUUGCCAAGGGGAUGUCGGCUCCCAAAAAUCAGGCUGGCUGCCGUCUGGGUACGAGUACGGGUGCGUGUAGCCGACGAGAGCUUCCAUCUAGAAGGCGCUACCGGUGUCAGCGCCGUGUGCGACAACCGCAUGCGAGGCAAGAAGGCAUCCCCAUCCCGUACGCUCAGGUUAGGUAGCUUAAGGUACCUUACUCCUGCCUGAUAUGGACCUCACCUGUCCGUUUGUUCCUCCACCUGGGACUACUUACCGACCGUAUAUUCCACCACCACCAUCAUCACCACCUCCACCACCACCACCACCAACCACUACCACGACGCCGUGACGGGCACCCUCCCACCACACGAGCACGACACGAGACAACACAGCAUGAGACGGGCAUCGCUGAGACGCCGGCGAGACCACGCACGAGGGACCAUGUCCUCUGCCACUGCCACUGCCACUGCCACUGCCACUGCCACUGCCCUUGUCGACCACCAUGGCUGGCCAUCGACUGCGUUGUCGUGCUGCCGACCAUCCAGCACUCACUCGUCCGUCCGCUCGCCCGCUACACGAGGACCACCGACCUAGCCUGGGAGUAACAAGCCGGGACGAACAUCACGCGCUAAAGUCGUACCUUUUCCAUGCAUGGUCUGCCUGGCAACUAGGACAUUCAGCGAAGUUCUGCUCUCGCAGUCUCGGAGAUACCAGUGCACCUGGAGGUGGCUCCUUCCUCUGGUUGGCCCCAGCGACAGCAAAUCGCUCCCGCCAUUCAAUCUGGAAAAGGAAGAAGGAAUCUACCUAGGUAGAUAGUCCAACUAAACAGCAGCUUCGGCGGGGCUGCACAUGUAUGCACUAUUUCGGUCUGGUGCUCAGCAGUGUGCAAGCAGCCUGCUGAUACAGCCACCGUUCAAGAACUUCUCUGUCGUGCCGCGAGCGAGGUGAAUGGUUCGGAAUCUCUGAGAGAGUCUAUCCUGCUUAGUCGGGACAAGGUGCACAGGCCUGUUGGGGAAUGUUGCAUGCAAUGCGUCGGCAAAACAGUUCGAGAUGGUUUUCCCUCAUGGACCACACUUUCGACCACUUGCUGGGCCGUCGGAUCCAUGUCCAGACCAUAUCCAGGCCAUGUCAAGCACUGUACCGCCGUGAGGACCAGCCAGACUUCAUGUCAUGUGGCGCAUACCUGUCCCUCCCGAAGUCAGUCCUGCUUCCGGGGAUCCAACAAGCAAUGGCUCGAGUGAAAAAGUCGCAGCUUUGGUCGAGACCGCCAUAUGCUGCUGGUCCCGCGACGACGACGUGUCGAAGCAUGGAGUAUUUGCAUCUUUACGGCUCGUACGGCGUGCGAGGAGCAUUCAGUUCGAUGCAUGCACACAUCCUCGUCAUGGUCGUCGAUGGCGACCGGGUCGUCAUCAUGCGAAGUGGGAAUGGAGCGGCUGGUAUGCCUAUGCCUGGCCUUCCAUAA